AUGAGCGGGGAAGUCAAAGCCGUAGACAUGAAUGCCGCCUUGUUCGCUGCAAAGCAGCAGUUGCGGUCUGCCAUGAAGCAGAGGCUGGCUGCCCUCCCGCAGGACGCCGUCAAGGAGCAGAGCCAUAUCAUACACACCAAACUGCUGGAAUUCGACCCCUAUGUCGGUGCACAUCGCAUUAGUGUCUUCCUGUCGAUGCCUUCCGCAGAGGUUCAGACCGACGCCAUCGUCCAGCACGCUCUGGCCCUGGGCAAGCAGGUCUUCGUUCCCUAUCUGCACAAGUCCCCUUUGUCUUCAGCAGGCAGCACCACGCCCACCCGGGUGAUGGAUAUGGUCCGGCUCGACAGUCUCCAGGAUUACCAGUCUCUCAAGCGGGACAAAUGGGGUAUCCCAAGUAUAGAUCCGGCCACAGUCCACUCGAGACAGAGGAUUUUGGGCGGACCUGAUGCACAUCACUCAGACCAAGCAAACCUGGAUCUCAUCCUCAUGCCCGGAGUCGCGUUCGACGUCGCCCCCGGCUCAAAGGAAAUCAGGCGGCUUGGGCAUGGCAGGGGCUUCUAUGACUUCUUUCUCCAACGGUACGCCGAGAAGCUGGAAGCAUUGAAUCGACAGAAAUCUUCUGUAUUGCUCUAUGGCCUGGGCCUCAAGGAGCAGUUCCUGUCCUCGGCUACAAACGAGGUCCCUGUCGGGCCGUAUGAUCAGCCUCUGCACGGGCUGAUCUUGGGGGAUGGAGACAUCAAGACAGCCGUACCAAAUCAAAUAGAUUGA